AUGGCUGUCGGACCGCCUUGUCCAGCCAAUUGGAGGACAAGCGGCCUUUGCUGGAUGACCAUCAGCAAUGACAAACCGUCCUCAAUCGCCACCAACACCACCCUCCUUCGUCUUUCUGCUGCCAUCCAACGUCAAAACGCGAACAUAAGAAGCCCUGCCAUGAGUCACAAACCUGCCGUGUGCCAUCAUCUCUCACACGCCUGCGCCCGCUUCUGCCCCUCUCCUUCACCCGCACCUGCACCUUCACCUUCCCACUCGUCCUUGCCUGCCCACUCACCCACACUCGCUCACUCACCUACCCCACCACUGCAUCCCGCCCAUGAAACCACCUCACACCGCCUACGACACCGCUCACCUGACCUUCUGCUGCCCCUCCAGCUCUUGCCUAGCACCACACCUCCGCCCGCCUAUGCCCUCCCUUGUCUCCUGCCUUCCAUGCUUGGAGCAAUGGCAUCUCAUAGAUGUCGUGCUCAGGAGGAUGGGGACAAGUGGAUGAUGUCGAUGACUGCGUGA